AUGAGUAAAGAAAUAAGUUCACCAUACGCACAGUUUCGUGACUUUAAAGCAUUAUAUGUUACUGAUAUUUCUUCUCUUUCGUGGUGUGAACAGCAAUUUCAUUAUUCACUUCAUGCUGGUGGACGAACAGAGACAACUGAAAUGAAAGCAGGUUCGGAUAUACACUUGAAACUUGAAUUAGAAGUACAUGAUCUUGUUAAAGUUUCAAUUGAAACUAGUGAAGAUUUAUGGGGUCUUAAAUUAUUUAAUCUUCUCUUUGGACUCGAAGCUCUUAGAACUACUGGAGAAACUAGAGAAUUACCAGUUUUCGGUUUUGUAUCUGAUAUAUUUGUGUUUGGAAUAAUUGAUCAAAUAAAAAAGUUUCCGAAUCAGGGAAUUCGAAAAAAUAAUGAUUGGGAAUGGAGAAUAUGUGAUACCAAAACUCGUUCUAAAUGUUUUCGGCCAAAGAAAUCUACUGUUCCAUCAUCAGUAAAAUAUCAAAUAAUGUUAUACAAAAAAUUAUUUGAUAAUUUAGUAGAAAGCUCAAUUGAAGAAGAAAGGAUUUUUGAAGUUCUAGAUUUAGAUGCGGAUAAAUCAUUCUCAAAAAAAUUUUCAAAAUAUAUAAAAAUAUAUUUUAGCAAUUUUAAAAAAUUAAAUACCUUGAGAAAACUUAUGGCAUUCAUAAAAAAUUAUUUUGGGUUCUUUUGGAAGUCAAAUAAUGUUUUGGAAGUGAAUUAUAAAUAUCAAGGUGAUGGUAGUGAUUUAGGUUCAUUAUAUUUUGAAUAUGAGGAAGAUAUGUUGGAUAAACAUUUGAAACGAUCUAUUAUAUAUUGGAAAGGAGAUCGUGAACCUGAAGGAGUACCAAUUGAAGAGGCAUGGAAAUGUCAAAUUUGUGAAUAUGUAGAGAAUUGUGAAUGGAGAUUGAAAAAGGUUCGGGAAAUUGAACAAAGAUAA